UUCCAAACCGACAUUCUUCAUGUUUCCGUUGUCUUCCGUCUUCAUUACAUUAUAUUAUGUAACGGCAGAUCAAAGCAUUAUUGAUACGAUUCGGCAUACGCUCCAAGUUCUCAUCAUUUUUUUCACCACGUGGACAGUGAUCGGACUUAUUAAAGCAUGGACAGUAACCAUGAAAGAUUCCAAGAAUAAAAAAUUGCAAACACAAUUGGUAGUCAGCUCAAGAAUCGCAUAUGGAUUUACAACAUUGUUUGGGAUAGCUUGUAUGUUGUUGACAUUCCCUAGCGCUCGAGAACUUGGGGCCAGUUUGUUAGCUAGUGCUAGCGUUGUCGCUGUUCUUGUUGGAUUUGCGGCUAAAUCAUCGCUAGAGGCGAUCAUGGGACUUCCUUCAUCACAUAGUGAUAAGAAUAAUUUAAUUGCUUCAUUACAAAUUGCCCUGACGCAGCCACUCAUUCUGGGUGAUUGGGUGGUCAUUGACGAUUGUCAUGGCAUAGUUG